UUUAUCUUAGGUUAAUAUGUCGGACCGACUUGCUCAAAGAUUAUAUUCAAAGUACUCAGAUACAGGGCAGAUUAUCCCAACAAAGCAAAAAAGCUUCAAGAAAUUAAGAGCAAAGAGGAACAAAAACUCUAAAUUACCAGAGAUUUCCAAACUUCCAGCUGAAGAGAAGACUAAAUAUCCUGCACUUCAUUUUCCAAAAGGAUUUGAAAGAUUCAGUGGUUUAGAAAAAGCCCAUCUCACACAAACUAUUAAUGCAGAGGAGUUCAAAGGAGGAAAGCUACCUACAUUAUCAAAGACUCCUUCUCAUAAAUCUUUUGCUGUAGAGAAGCCUGAUGUUUCGUUAAUGCGAACUCUAGCUCCUUCACCAAGUCAUGGAGGAACUUUAUUGAAAGCUCCUCUUGAUCUAGCAAAGACCACUAAAAUUGAGAACAAAUUGGAUACAAUUGAAAAGUAUGGCUUAGGAGAGGGUAUAAAAUCACUCUCUUUGCUAAAGAAAGAACAAGAUUUAGCAUAUAGAAAGAUGCUAGAUGCUCCUAGGAGGAGUGUAACUCAACUUCAACCACUUGAGCAUACUCCUCUAAAACCUGAAAUCGAGGAUAGUGAGGCAGCUCCUAUUGUGUUUAAUAGAGAGUUUGGAGGAUCGCUGAGUAAACUAGACUUAGAGAACAAAAUGAGUGACAAAGAUUAUCUCACUCCACUUGAUUUUAUUGCUUGAUGUGAUCGAGACCCAGAAUUUGCCAACAGGUUCUGCUAUUGUUAUAGAGAAGGAGACUUUUAUGAUUUUCGUAUCGUUCCUUUUGAAAAAUUGAAACUAGGUAAAGAAAGAGACGAGUCACAAAACCAAGAAUAUAUGACUGUGAGUGCCAGUGGUAUUGUGCACUUCAAUUCAAACAACGAAGCAACAUUCUUGACUAUUCCAGAAUGGGAAAGAGAGAAGAUUUUGUUCCAAAAACUAAAGGAGAUUAGAUUUUUCAAACAAUACUUUCUGUGGAAAUCAUUCUCAGCUUGGAAGACGAAAAUGAAGAGAACUAGAAUAUUUAAAACUAGUGAAACACUAAGCAAUGAAUUGUUUAUUUUAGAUCAAGAAUUAUCCAGGCCAUUACUUUCAAUAAGAGAGACUGCACUUUAUAUGUCAAAUUUAGAUAUUGUGAAAAUGUCUUCUGAUAUUGCAAGGAGUUUAGACCAGUUUAAAACUGAGCAGAAAGAUCAUAGGAAAUGGCUGAGAGAAAAUUUAAAUAGAUCAUGCAGUGAAAUUAAAGACAAACUAGAAGAAUCUUGAGAAAAAUCGAUGAAAACAUUCAAAGAAGUAAACAGAAUUAAUCUAAACGAAAAGGUAGAAGUUGAUGACGAAGAAAAUAAACCUUUCUUAUUUGGAGAUGAGACUGAAAAGCCAAUGCUCUAUGCUCAAGAAGCUACAAAGCGCACUCAUUAUUCAAGGCUAAUCAAAUAUGUAAGACUUGUUGACUACAUAAUCAUGGAAUCAAAACUCAGCCUAAUCGAGAACUCUGUUUCACACGCUCUUGAAGUAGUCCAAGAGGAUCUCAGCAAUAACAGGAAAGUCAUUAUAAGAAGCAAGAUGCAAUCGUGACCUCUUUUUGAAAUAGAUUGCUCUUUCUCGGAUUUCAGAUAUGACGGAUACAACUUGCUUUACACUCCAUCAAUGUACGAUCUCAGAGAGGCUAUCAAGAAUGCAAUAUCAGAAGGAAUUCAACUAGUCUGUACAAACGAACAGUUCUUGCAAACACUUGACUUUAUCAAUAAGAUCUACAACAACCACGACUUUGAGAGUAAGGUUUCUGGGGAGUUCAACGAUCUGAUAAACUUGGCUAUUUCCUCAGAUACAAUAAAUACAAACUGUAAGAAGAUCUAUGACGAAAUCGAAACCUCCUUCAGCCAAGUGACUGAAUAUGCCAAGCAGUACCAGUCUUACAUCGACUUUCACUUAAAGAAUAUUAAGACUAAUUGCAAAGAUUACCCCGACCACGAGGCGUUUAAGAGCGCGAUUGAAGAGCACCAUAGGCAAAGAGACGCUAUCAUGGAAAUCACUAGUCCGCACGACAUUCUUAUUUACAGAGUCAACCUCCUCAAACUCAUCAGUGAAAUCAAGCCUUCUCCAGAGAAAUGUCUGGUUGCCAUCAGCGACUAUCUUCCAAAGCUUAGCUUCAACAGACUGAACACUCUGUGCGAAGAGUUGGAUGAGGCCAAUCUGCUUCUGUCGAGGAUUCCUACCAAUAUCAAUGAAUUCGUGGAGAUCAUGAAGUACAUUUGGAGCAUGGAAUCAUCGAUUGAUGACUACACCGACAGAUUCCAAGGAGUUGAGCAGCUACACAUUGUCAUGGAAAACUUCCACAUUAAGAUCCCUGAGAAGAACAGAGCCAAGUUCAAAGACACUCAUUCAGCUCUCAAGAGCGCCAGGAAUAAGCUGGAAGAAGGGAGAGAGUCAGGGGAGGCCAAUGAGAUCAGAUUUAAAAAGGAGCUGGACAGAGAAGUUCCCAAGCUAGAAAAGAGAAUAGCAGCCUGCAGAGAAGAACUCAAAGAUGAAACACUGAUUAAAGAGUCCACUCCGAUCAAAGACGGAAUUGAAAUGGUAGAUUUUCUGGAGAAAGAAGUUGUCUCGAUACAAGAAAAAGGAAAAACUGUUAACUCACAGCAAAGAUUUUUGGAAGUGAACGAGGUAUACUUCGAGAGCAUAGAUGUUCUCUUUAACGACUUUUCUGUCCUCAAGAAACUUUGGUACGGCAAAAAGAAAAUGAAAGAAUAUUAUCAAGACUGGCUCGGAAUUCCAUUAAAAGAGAUCAAUGUGGAGGAUAUUGAAGAAAAACUAAGUGAAGUUGUAAAGGCAUCUCAGCAAUGCAUGCUUUCUCUAGGAAGCAGCAGUGCUGCUGAGAAAUUCAAAGUCGAGGUGGACUUGAUGAAGAAUACUGUGCCUAUUGUUAGCUGACUGAGAGACGAAGCACUCAAGCCAAGACACUGGGUUGAAAUUAACGAAAUCCUCAACGGGCAAGAAAUUGACCCAGAAAGUGAAGAGUUUACUCUGAAAUCCCUUAUCGAUAUGAAGCUGAGCCAAGAAUCGUGUGAAGAAAUAGCUGAAAUUGCUCUGAAAGCCAACAAGGAGCAAGAAUUGGAGAAUCUAUUUGAAAAAGUGAUAGAAGACUGGAAACCGAUCAAUUUUGACAUAACUCCAUAUAAAGAAUCAAAAGACUACUAUGUCUUAUCGUCAACUGAAGAAGUAACUGAGGUGCUUGAAGAGUCUCUAGUCUCAUUGAGCACUAUCCUAACCUCAAGAUUUGCAGACACAAUUCGGAAGCCGGUAGAACAGUUUAACAAGAAGCUGUCAUAUCUCGAAGAGCUCAUUGAUGAGUGGAUGGAGUGACAAAAAGGAUGGACUUAUCUCGAGAGUAUUUUCCGAUCUCCAGAUAUUUCAAAGAGUCUCCCUGCUGAAACAAAGAAAUUUGGUCAGCUCGACCAAUCUUGGAAGCAUAUAAUGAAGGAAGUAAGCACAUAUCCUCAGUGCACAAGAAUCUUCAGCUCAGUAAGAGAUGAUAAACUUGAGAUUUUUAAAGCUCACAACAAAACGCUUGAUGAGAUACAGAAAGCUCUGAAUAAUUAUUUGGAAGGGAAGAGGCAAGCGUUCUCUAGAUUCUUCUUUCUAUCGAACAAUGAGCUCUUACUCAUAUUGGCUGAGGCCAGCAGAAACCCUGAGACAGUUCAGCCUCAUCUGAGGAAACUCUUCGAGAAUGUAAACAGGAUCAUAUUCGGAGAAGGAGCUGCACACGAGACAAUCAUAAAGGUCGAAUCAGCUGAAAAAGAAGAGCUUCCACUUCUAAAACUACCGAGAGCAAAAGAAGCGGUCGAGAAGUGGCUAAAAGAGCUCGAAGACUCAUGUGGAGAAACAGUCAAAAGAACCAUUAGGAAUUUAUAUACAACAUAUACAGGGGAUGAAAGAGAUGAGAGAGAUAAGCUUAACGAACUAAAAGAUAAUAUCCUGCAAGCUGCCAUCACAGUUGACUCCAUUGUGUGGUGUAGCACCACAGAAGAUGUACUUCUCGAAGAAUCUCCCGAGUUGAUAGAGUCUUGGUUCAUAGCCAUAAAAGAAGGAUUAAAGAUUUUGACCGAGAUUGUCAGAGGGAAAUUAUCCAACAUUCAGAGAAAAACCGUAAUUUGACUUAUGACUCAGGAUGUGCAUUACAGAGACAUUAUUGCAAGUAUUAAAGAAGAAUAUGCAACUAUCGACGAUUUCGUAUGGCAGCAACAGCUCAGAUACUAUAUGAUUGAUAAUAACUAUGUUCAGAUCCACCAGCUCAACUCUAAGAUUAACUAUGGAUAUGAAUAUUUAGGGGCUACAACAAGGCUCGUCAUCACCCCGCUAACAGAUCGGUGUUGGAUGACCAUCACCAGCGCCUUGAGUAUUAAGCUCGGGGCUGCUCCUGCAGGCCCGGCUGGAACUGGCAAAACAGAAAGUACGAAAGAUCUAGCUAAAGGGCUCGGCAAAUUUUGUGUAGUGUUUAACUGUUCUGAUCAGGUAAACUAUAAAAUGAUGGCCAAGCUCUUUGCUGGACUGUCAUAUACAGGGUCUUGGACGUGCUUAGAUGAAUUCAACAGAAUCCUCAUCGAAGUACUCUCGGUUAUUGCCCAGCAACUGAUUACAAUAAGAAAUGCAAUGCUCUCAAAUCGGGAAACAUUUUUCUUUGAUGAAAAGGUUAUAGACUUAAAUCCAGAAAUGGGAGUGUUUGUAACAAUGAAUCCUGGAUAUAAAGGAAGAACUGAGCUUCCUGACAAUCUUAAAGUUCUCUUUAGACCAGUAUCAAUGAUGAUUCCAGAUUAUGCUUUAAUUGCAGAAAUCAUGCUUUUCUCAGAAGGUUUCUCAAAUGCCAAACCUCUCUCGAUGAAAAUGACAAAGCUAUAUAAGCUGGCAUCUGAGCAGUUAUCCCAGCAGAAGCACUACGAUUUCGGAAUGAGAGCUGUGAAGAGUGUAUUAGUAAUGGCUGGCCAGCUCAAAAGAGGGAGCCCCGAAUCCUCUGAAGAUAAGAUUUUGAUUAGAGCAAUGAGAGAUUCAAACAUCCCGAAAUUCCUUAAAGAUGACAUUCCUCUUUUCGACGCAAUCGUUAUGGAUUUAUUCCCGGGGCUCGAGCUUCCUCAGGUAUCAUACGAAAAGCUUUUGGACUCUCUAAAGCAGCACUGCAAUGAAAAUUAUUUAGCUGUUGAUGAGAAACAAUUCGGCAAGAUCCUCCAAUUUUAUGAGACUCUCAAAGUGAGGUUUGGAUGCAUGAUUGUAGGAGACGCAAUGAAUGGAAAAACUAUAAUUUAUGAAAGCUUGCAUGGAGCUCUCAACCGGCUCCAUCGACAAGAAGUCGCCAAAAGAGAGGACUCCGAGGAGGAGAUCCCAGAGGACCAACCAGAAGAGUAUCCUGAAAUUGAGAAAGAAGUGCUUAAUCCAAAAAGUAUUUCUAUCAAUGAGCUUUAUGGAGAGUUUUCCCAUUUGACCCAAGAGUGGACUGAUGGUCUCGCUUCAUCCAUUAUCCGUGGCUUUGUUGAUAGCACGAAGAGGUCUAUGAAGUGGAUGGUCUUUGACGGUCCUGUUGACGCAGGCUGGAUAGAGAAUAUGAACACAGUCCUUGAUGAUAACAUGACGCUGUGUCUCUCUAAUGGUGAGAGGGUGAAGCUUAAGCCAGAGAUGAAAAUGAUAUUCGAGUGUGAUAAUCUAGAAAUGGCAUCACCAGCCACUGUUUCAAGAUGCGGAAUGAUCUAUGUUCCUCCUGAGGCGUGUGGAUGGCAUCUUGGAGUUUAUGAAUGGAUAAAUAGAGAUCUCAAAGGGGAAAGAUAUAAUGAUAAGAUUAGAGAUAUGCUCAGAGGCUUAUUUGAAAAUAGGCUCGAAGGAGUUUUAGAACUCUUUGAGAAAUAUGCUUUUGAGGAACCUAUCAAGACUGUUCCCAAUAAUCUUGUCCAGUCAAUGGAGAGAUUGAUCAUUAUUUUAACUUCUGGCAGCUUGCCUAUCGACCUGGUGAAGCUUGAUGAGGCAGAGAUGAAGAAAGUGAUCACAAGAAUAUUUGUUUUCUCCCUCACAUGGUCUUUGGGAGCAUCGAUAGAUAGUAAAUUCCAGCCAAGAUUUGAGAGCUAUCUUAUGACAGAGUUUAACAUGAAUGAUUUGCCUAAAGGGUCUAUCUAUGACUCUUGCCUUGUAGCAGAAGGGGAGGAAAAAGAGCCUGUGAAAUUUGAGGCUUGGCCUAAAAUUCCGUUUGAAUAUAGCAGCGAAAAGAACUAUUUUAACCUCGUUGUCCCAACAAAGGAUACUGUGAGAUUCUCAUGGUUUGUCAAAGAGUGCCUGAAAAACAGCUUCCCUCUCUUCUUCACCGGAGUAACAGGAGUCGGAAAAUCGAUAAUAAUCAAUAGCGCUAUUGAGGAAAUAAAGGAGAAAAUGCCAUAUGAAGAGAUUUUCCUGGCUUUUUCAUCGCAGACCAAAUCUAGUCAAGUUCAGAUGCAAAUUGAAGAGAAGCUUGAGAAGAGAAGGAAAACGCUCCUCUCUGGUCCGGGCGGAAGAAAGGUUGCUAUCUUUAUUGACGACGUCAAUAUGCCUGAUACUGAUGAAUAUGGAUCCCAAAUGCCCAUUGAGCUCCUCAGGCAGUUCUUAGAGCUUAGAGGAGUGUAUGACAAGCAGCUAUACUGGAAGGACAUUGAAGGAACCACCACCAUAUGUGCAGCAGCUCCACCCGGAGGAGGCAGGAAGGCUCUGAGCAUGCGAUUCACAAGGCAUUUGCACAUGAUCUGUUUGCCCAAAACAUCAGAGGAAUCUCUCCAGCACAUUUUUAAAAGCAUUGUUGACGGAUUCAUCAGAGAGGAGGGAUUCAAAUCUGAGAUAAAGUUCCUCAGUUCAAACAUUGUAGAAGGAUCAAUUGCAGUCUAUAAUGAAGUGACCAAAGAGCUAAAGCCUACUCCUGCCAAAAGCCACUACACUUUCAAUUUGAGAGAUAUUUCGAAGGUGAUCCAAGGAAUAUGCAUGGUAAAGCCUCAGAAAGUAAAUGCUCCUGAGGGAAUGGCCAAAUUGUGGGUCCACGAGGCUUUCAGAGUGUUCCACGACAGAAUGACAAAUGAUGAAGAUAGAGAUUGGUUUAAGGAAUAUCUUACAGAGCUCACACGCAAAGUCUUUAGAGUUGACCUGAGCUCAGAAAUUAGCGGAGAGAAUGAAAUUCUGUUUGGAGACUUUAUGAAUAGAGUUCUUUCCAUCGAAGAUCGGCUCUACGAAAAUAUUAAUGACUAUGAGAAGUUGCUGAAGUGCCUUGGCGAUUAUAUGGCUGAAUACAACAUUGAUCUUAAUCAAAACCUUGAUCUAGUUCUUUUCAGAGAGGCAUGCCAGCAUAUUUGCAGAAUCAGCCGAAUCUUAUCUCAGCCGAGAGGAAGUGUAUUGUUAAUUGGAGUUGGAGGAUGUGGCAAGCAAACACUCACAAAAAUGGCGUCUUACAUUACCGGAUGCCAGAUAUCUUCAUUAGGGUCUAAAAAGAAUUACACUCAGAAGAACUUCAGAGAAGAUGUAGCACAAGACUCGAUAAAGCCUGCUGGGUUGGAAGGAAAGAAGAUAUCUCUCAUUAUUACUGACAAUCAAAUCACAAAUGAAAUUUUCUUGGAAGAUAUAAAUAGCUUACUGAACUCGGGAGAAAUUCCAAACCUCUGGGAAAGCGAAGACAAAGACGAAAUCAACAGAGAAAUGAGAGAAGUAGGCAAGAAGCUAGGUAUUAAUGAAGGACUCACCAACCUGUUUAUACAAAGAGUCAGAGAUAAUAUGCACAUUAUUUUGUGACUCUCGCCUGUAGGAGAGGCGCUCAGAACCAGAAUUAGAAUGUUCCCAUCCCUGGUGAACUGCUGCACCAUCGAUUGGUUUGACACCUGGCCUGAGGAGGCUUUGCUAAGUAUUUCUAAGAGAUUCCUCGAAAGUAUCCCUGAACUCCAGGAUGAUGAAGCGAGGGACGCUCUAUCGAAAGCUUGAGUUUUUGUGCAUUCGAAAGUUGAAAAAGUAUCUGAAGAGUUCUUUAAUUCUUUAAAGAGAAGAGUUUAUGUCACCCCCAAGAGCUACCUUGACUUUAUCCUUAGCUACUCGAAAUAUCUGAAGGAGAAGAAUCACGAACUCAGUGGCAGAAGAGACACCUUGGCGAGUGGUCUGCAGAAAUUGGUUGAAACUAACAAAGAAGUUGCAACUUUGCAAGAAGAGCUGCAGAAGUUAAAACCCACCCUUGAGAAAAAUGUGAUCAAACUCGAAGAACUGAGCAAGAAUUUAGAAAAAGAUAAGGUUGAAGCUUAUAAGACAAAGAUGGUAGUCGAGGAGGAGGCGAGAGAGGUUGAAACACAAGCCAACGAAAUUAGAAUGCUACAAAGGGAAGCACAAGACAGUCUAGACGAAGCGAUCCCUGCUCUCGAGAAUGCUCAGAAAGCCGUCAAUACUCUAAAUCAAUCCCAUAUUGCAGAACUCAAGGUCGUAAAAGAGCCUGUUCCAAACGUUGAGAUGACAUUCAAAGCAGUUGCUAUUUUGCUUGAAGAAAGAACCAACUUCGAUAAGAUCACUUGGGCAGAUAUAAAGAAAAUGCUCGCUUCAAACUUCUUUGGAAAACUUAAAGCUUAUGACAAAGAUAAGAUACCUCCCAAAGUGGUUGCUGCACUAGAUAAAUUUAUUUCCAAACAUCCGAACUUCAAACCGGAGAUUGUUCAAGAGUCGAACAAGGCUGGAAAAUCUUUGUGAGAGUGGGCAAGAGCAAUCCAGACUUACACACACGUUGUACAGAAGAUUGAACCUCUGAGGGAGCACCUGGCUGUUAUGAAUGAAAAGUUCAACAAAGCAGAUGCUGAAGUUAAGGAGAAACAGGAGAAUCUAAAUAUUGAGCUGCAGAAGCUUGAAAACCUUAAAAAGACAAUGAAUGAGUGAAAAGCAGAUAAAGACAAGCUUGACAAAGAAAUCGAUCUGACUCAGUUAAGACUUCUGAGAGCAGAGAAGUUGACAUCCGGACUUGCUGAUGAGCACAGGCGUUGGGGAGAAAACAUAGGCAUGCUUGAGUCUAAAAUCAAGCAGCUCACCGGGGAUGUAUUUAUUUCUGCAGCUUGUAUCUCUUACUAUGGGCCCUUCACAGGAGUCUACAGAAAAAUAUUGGCUGAGAGUUGGCUCGAGAGAUGCAAAGAAUGAGGAAUUGAGUCAAGCGAAACUUUUGAGCUAGAGAAUACCAUGGGAGAUCCGAUGAAGAUCAUGGACUGGCAAAUCGAUAAACUGCCUGCUGAUAGUGUGUCCAUUUGCAAUGCAAUCAUGAUAGAGAAAGGAAUCAGGAAGCCGCUGAUGAUCGAUCCUCAGCUGCAAGGAAGCACAUGGCUUAAGAAUGUUAGCAACAGAGAGCAUGAUAUUCAGAUAGUCAGAAUUUCAGAUCCUAAUAUUUUGAGGACUUUAGAGACCUCUAUAAAAAUGGGGUACGAGUUGAUCAUAGAAGAUAUUCAGGAAACAAUUGACCCAUUAUUCGAACCAGUUUUGAGCGGCGAGGCUGCAGCAGCUGGAACAAGAAGACAGAUAAAAAUUGGGGACAAGAUGAUAGAUUAUGAUCCUAACUUCAAGAUCUACUUCGUUACAUUCCUGGCAAAUCCUCAUUUCCUCCCUGAAACCUUCAUCAGAGUGACUGUCAUAAACUUCACAGUAACCGAAAUGGGUCUUUCCCAACAACUGCUAGCCGAAAUUGUGAAGAUCGAGAAUGAAGAUGUUGAAAAGAGGAAAUAACGAGCUUACCGAAAUUAUCGCUAACGACCAGAAAAGGAUUAAGAAACUAGAAGAUGACAUUCUCAAGAGUCUGGCUAACAGUAGCGAAAAUAUCCUUGAUGAUGAGGACCUUGUUGCCAACCUUGACCAGUCAAAAAUCACAUCUGAUGAAAUUUCGAAAAAUUUACUAGAUAACAAGGAAGCUCAGAUUGAGAUCGAGCAAGCCAGAAGCCAAUAUUCGCAAGUUGCUGAUAGAGGAUGCCACCUAUUCUUCAUAAUUGCCAGUUUAGCAGGAAUAGACCCGAUGUAUCAGUACUCCCUCAACUAUUUCACCAAACUAUUCAAGCAGAUCAUAAUAAACUCAGAGCCUUCAGAGGAGAUCGACAAGAGAGUGGGCAUUUUGAUGAAGACCAUCACAAGAUUAGUGUACACCAACAUCUGUAGAGGGCUCUUCAACACCCAUAAACUAAUAUUCUCCUUCUUGAUCGCAUACCAAAUCUGCAAAAGCAACGAUGAGAUAUGUGCCGCAGAAUGGGACAUCAUGUUGAAGGGAGUUGUUGUGGAUAAGUCAGAGAAGAAGUCAGAUAAUCCGGAUCCAGAGCUUAUUGAUGAAAAGCAAUGGACAUUCAUUCAGAACCUUGAGCUUGUACACGAGAAUUUUGCUGAACUUCCCGAGCAUUUUGAACGCAAUAUCUCGCAGUGGAAACAAUGGGUCCAAACCACAAACAGCCCAACCAAGUUGCCAUUCCCAGGAGGACUUGAUGAUAGAUUGACUUUAUUCCAAAGAAUGCUUAUUUUCAAAGCCCUGAAGCCGGAAAGGCUAUCGCAUCUUUGAAGAGAAUUUGUUGAAAAGAAACUUGGCAAAGAAUUUAGCACAAUGAAGCCAACUACGAUGGCAGAUGUUUACUGAGACUCUGAUUACAAGACCCCAAUUACCUUUGUUUUGACUCAAGGCGCUGACCCAACAUCCCAAAUAAUGACUUUCGCACAAGAAAUCAAAGGUGAAAAGUGGCAAGAAGCCGUUCAUAUAAUUUCUCUCGGACAGGGACAGGAUAAAGUGGCACUCAGAAAGAUCUCAGAGUCUUUGAAGGACGGAUCUUGGGUCAUGCUCCAGAAUUGUCAUCUCUACAAGUCCUUUAUGCCAGUGCUUGAAAAUGAGGUGAUCCAGAUCAGCGAAGGUGGUCACGAAAAAGACUUCAGGCUUUACCUAACUUCAAUGCCUUGCGAUUACUUCCCAAUAUCAGUACUCCAGAAUAGCAUCAAGGUGACAUCUGAGCCCCCGAAAGGAAUUAAGGCCAACCUGCUUGGAAGCGUCGGGUCUAUAAAAGAUAAUUUCUUCGACGACUGCAAGAAGGGCGAGGAGCUCAAGAAGUUUGCAUUUAGCAUCUGAUGUUUCCAUGCAAUUAUGCACGAGAGGAAGAAGUUCGGUCCUCUUGGGUGGAAUAUAAUCUACGACUUCAACGAAAGUGACUUUGAAGCUUCCCAAACUAUUAUCAAAGAUAUGCUUAAUGAUGAAAAGGAUGAAAUAGCAUGGGAUGCCAUUAAAUACCUUACUGGAGAAAUUAUUUAUGGAGGAAGGGUCACCGAUGAUCAGGAUAGAAGGUGAAUGAUGAGCAUUUUAGAAACUUUUAUUAAUCCCUCAAUUCUGGAAGAUGGAUACUCUUUCACUCCGUCAGGGAUCUACAAGCUCCCUCCAGCAGAUUCAAACAUAGAGGGCAUGCUUGAAUAUGUUCAAAGCCUCCCAGAUCAAGACAGCCCAGAAAUAUUUGGAAUGAAUGACAAUGCAGACAUUGCUUGCUUAGCGAGUGAGAGUAAUUACCUUCUAAAUACUGUGCUUUCAAUCCAGAGUAUGAGCUCUUUGGGAAGCGCAAGUUCCCAAGAUAACGAUCAGUUUGUGGACUCAAUAGCUGAAAAGAUCAAGACAGGUCUGCCAGAUCCUUUGACCAGAGAUGGGGCUUCUAAAGAAUUGUUCAAAGCGAAUAAGCAAGGCUUGUAUGCUUCCCUCACUACGUAUCUCCUCCAGGAAAUGGAAAGAUUUAAUAAGUUAGUAGCUGUCAUGAGAAAGACCCUUGAUGAAAUGUGAGAUGCUAUUAAGGGACUUGCUGUUAUGUCCGAAGAACUUGAUCAAAUGUACGGCUGUAUUCUUAUUAAUAAAGUUCCUGAGAAAUGGGCAGAGUAUGCUUAUCCAUCCCUCAAGCCACUGGGCUCUUGGGUAGAAAACUUAUGUGAAAGAAUCGAGUUUAUAAGAUCUUGGCUUGCUCAUGGUAGGAUUCAUAAAUUCUGGAUGCCAUGCUUCUUCUUCCCUCAGGGAUUCUUGACUGCUAUCCUACAAGAGCAUGCUAGAAAAUCUAAGAUUCCUAUUGAUGAGCUAAGCUUCUCUUUCAAAUUAAUGGAAAAUGAAGAAGAUGAACAGGCAGCUGAUAGAACUCAAACAGAAUACAUAAUUUAUGGUUUAUUCUUGGAAUGCGGAAAGAUAAAUACAGAAACUUUGAUGUUAGAGGAUGCUGAGUUUGGGAAGAACUAUACAGAACCUCCAUUUAUCAAGAUUAUUCCAACAAGGAAUUAUGUCCCAGACUCUUUAGAUUACAGAUGUCCUCUCUACAAGACUUCAGAACGUGCUGGUACUCUGAACACUACAGGCCACUCUACUAACUUCAUUUUGAUGAUAGAACUACCCUCUUCACUUCCUCCAGAUCAUUGGAUAAAGAGAGGUACAGCAUUAUUAUGCCAACUUGAUGAUUAAUGGAUUGAUUCAAUUAAUAUAA